AGAUAAACUCGAGACAAUCGACUCCUGAGAAGAGAAUAUGAUUGCUUCAAAAAGGGUGUGAAAAGCGGCCUCUCGGAUGGAAUAUAUUCAAGUCAGCCGUGGGGGUCACUUGCCCGAAAUAAUUUAUUAAACAUAAUGCCAAUCCUUUAUUAAAAAAAAAACGAAUUCUUGCCCGUAGCAUCAAAUUAUAUGCGUAUUAUUUCCACUUGAAAACUGCAUCUCUGAAAAAAUACCCUUUUUUACAUACAUACAUAUAGUACAUAGUCCUCUUAACAUAGUAAAUUAUCCAGCAUUUUGAGUGAAAAUGUAAUUAUCAAUUUUCCUGUUUAUCACACCGGCACUCUUCAGCUAUUUUCGCAUUAUUUUUUACCCGCCACAUAUCUAGUGGUUUUGCAUACAUACAUACUAACAUACAAUUACUUAGUUGCGGCUAAAGUUGAACGUUGAUAUGUACAUACGUACCACCUUAUAUCCAUUGCACCGUACAUCGCAUGGCUAACGGUUUAUUACUUAAUUUCUCUUCGUAACUUGACCAUCUUCUUUUCUCGACUUCUUCAUCGCUUUUCGCCUCGAGCAUUCGUUGCGGUGGCCGUUUUGAUUUUGCCACUUAAAGUCUAACCCAUUCCACAAUAUUUGGCGGGCUUGAGUGUCUACAACGGUUACUUGGUCAAGACGUAAAAUUCAGUUGCCAAUCGGACGCGUUCAAUUAAACUACGAACAAAGCGCGAAAGUAAACAUUUCAUUUUCAAUUCACCUGUCGUCGAGUGGAAAUCAAGUGUCAUUACCUACAUACAUACAUUUAUUUAAUUAAAUUAAAAGUGUGGCAGAUUUAGUGUGAAAAUGUUUACACAACAUAAUAUCCAAGUUUGGUUCUUCAUGCUAUGCUUUGCCUUCACCGUUGUAUGGGCGCGUCCGCAACGCUAUGCACACAUCGCAGUUAUUGAAAAUGAUGCAUAUGAACAGACCUUACCUAACGCGCUGAGAAAUCCCUUCUACAAGACGCCACGAGUGCGUGAGGCGCUAGCCAAGUCCAGCUGGUUCGGACCGGGCGAGGAGCCGGUAUAUGAUCGCCAAGCGGAGAAAAUACCACGCGCUGAGAUCUACAAUGUGCUCGCACAUGCCGGCUUCAUCAAUCGAAGAGGAAAACUAAUUUAAGCCGGCGACUGAGCAGACCUAGAAGAGUUCUGAGCAUCAUAAAG